AUGGAAUCUGCGGUCUUGAAGAUCCUCGAAAACCACGUCCGCAGAGCCUGGGAUAGUGGUGAUCAUACGGAACAAUGGCACAAUCUUCCCGAAGUACCAAAUAAGGCAGAGAUCAUGCCAAAGGAGGAGUAUAAUUAUGAUCCGACAAGCGACAAAGAAGAGUGGAAUGAUUAUCAGAAGGACCCAGUCUACGAUCCCAACCUGCCGAAGAAUAUCAUUGACGGACCUUGGUCUUCUAAAGAGGACUACAUCAGUGCCCAUUACCAAAUUCUUCGGGAGGACGCCAUAGCUCCGCUGCGGAGCUCCGUUCAAUGCUUCCGAAAGAACCGCAAUAUGGAUGAUGAUAAGACCACCUGCAUCUAUACACAUGUCCAUUUCAAGGGAUUCAACCUUGGGCCGACUGGUCCGGCAUUUAGGAUCACGUUUUCGACAGAGCGAGCAGGUAAGCGAAUUCGAUGGGAACAAUCGAAGCGCUUGCUGCCAGGUACUAUGGUUGCUUUGAGCCCUGCCACAGAUAUGUUCAAUAAGGUUUGCAAGGUCGCGAUCGUCGCGGGUCGUCCAAUUCUUGGAGGAUUGGAUCAGAAUCCCCCUCAAAUUGACCUGUUUUGGGGCGAUCAUGCGGAUGCCGUAUUCGAUCCAGUCGAGAAAUAUAUCAUGAUUGAGGCUCGUAAUGGAUAUUUUGAGGCGUAUAGGCAUGUGCUUGUUGGAUUGCAGAAGCUCCGAACAGAACGCUUCUCGCUCGCAAAGCACAUUGCUGGUCUCGAUCCAGACGUUGGGGCACCUGCCUAUCUAGAGAAGCAUCCGAUACUUGAUCUCAGUUCGCUCGCUCCUCAAGUCGCCGAUUACUCGAACAGUGCCAGCAAGGAUGAGAUUGAUAUCUUCAAUGUCAAUGUCCUAGAAGGAUUUCCUAAGAUUGCUGAAUCUGGAAUGGACGAAUCUCAAGUCUCAGCUUGUAAACGCAUGGUGACUAACAAAGUUGCAAUCGUGCAAGGUCCUCCUGGAACAGGGAAGACCUUCACCUCUAUCGCCGCGAUCAAGGUGAUGUUAAGCAAUCUGCAGCCAGAAGACCCUCCUAUGAUCAUUGCGGCUCAGACAAACCAUGCAUUAGAUCAACUGAUGAAUCAACUUCUGGCCUCUGAGAAGAAUGUCGUAAGACUCGGAGGCAGAUGUGAUAAGGAAAACGUCAACAUUAUCAAGCGCACUCUAUACGAGUUACGCAUGACCACGAAGGAUGUUCCGGGUGGUGGGAAGGGCCUGAAAGACUGCAGGACUGCACUCCAACAUAAGAUCAACGAGAUCGAGUUAUUAAUGUCUCCACUCCUUGCUGGGACACUUCUGACAGACGAGAUUUUGAUCAAGUACAGGCUUAUCACAGAAGCUCAGAAGGAAUCUCUGUACGAGAACGGAUGGUUCGAAACAGGGCUCGGUGAAGGUGGAUUGGUCCCAGUCCCCCAAACACCUCAGAUUAAUCUAGGGUUGCCAAUUGAAGAGGCCGACCUUGAGUUUGAGCAACUCCAGGAGUUAGAGCAAGAGCUUGAAAGUGCCGAAUCCCCUGAAGACAAUCUCAAUGGAAAAGUGCUCCCUUUUCUCCGCAGUUUCACCGGUAGGCCCUCUGCAGCCAUUGAUGAUCGAAAGAUAAAGCGGGCUCUUUCUUCGCGUGAAAGCUUGUAUGACAUUCCCCAGUCGUGGAGAGGGCCAAUUUAUCGUUACUGGGAGAAGCAAGUCAACAGAGAGUGUCUUGUAAAGCUGAGAUCACUCCUUGCAGACUACAAGAGCAUUGUCGAGACGACCCGGAUCACGAAGUGGAACUGCAACAUAAAGCUCAUUCGACAUCUAGGCACAAAGCUGAUCGGCUGCACCACGACGGGCCUUUCAAAAUACCGUCCGCUUCUCGCAGCCUUGGAGCCCCGUACUCUUCUUAUUGAGGAGGCCGCCGAAACUUUGGAAGGCUCCGUGAUGGCUGGAAUGUUCGAUUCAUUGGAGCAUUUGAUUCUCGUUGGUGACCACAAGCAGUUGCAAGCUUAUUGUAACAUCGGAGCCUUGGAAUCCCCCCCUUAUAAUCUGAAUGUGUCCAUGUUCGAGCGCCUUAUAUCCAACUCUAUCGGAUUCACGAUGCUCAACACACAACGUCGUAUGAUUCCUGACAUUCGAAAGCUUUUGUGUAUCGAGCCAGAACCUUUCUAUCCUGAUCUUCACGACCAUCCCUCUGUCGAAGAUAGGGUCGUGAACAGGGCCCCGGUCCCAGGUAUGGCAGGUCGCGACACUUAUUUCUUCCAUCAUACCUGGCCUGAGACACGUAACUCCGAUUUAAGUCGGCAUAACCAAGACGAGGCAGAGAUGAUUGCUGGUUUAUUCCACCAUCUCGUUCUGAAUGGCAUAAAGCAUUCACAGAUCACCGUCUUGACCUUUUACAAUGGCCAGCGUAAGACUAUUUUGAAGGAGCUGAAGAAGCACCCAGGACUUCGUGCAAACACCUAUUUCAAUGUCUUCACGGUCGACAGCUACCAAGGGGAGGAAAACGACAUCAUUCUUCUGUCGCUGGUUCGCAGCAAUGAGUUCCUUGACAUCGGCUUUCUCGAAAGCAGGAAUCGCUUGGUAGUCGCCAUUUCAAGAGCUCGGCGUGGACUUUACAUCUUUGGCAACGCCAUUACUUUGACAGCUGCCGAGACAAACGGAGAUGUGGUUGGCCGAGAUGCUCUUUGGACUCCUCUCAUUAAAUUCAUGAAGCAUCAAGGUCGAUUCGAUUUGGACGGUGGUUUUCCAAUUACUUGCGUUACCCAUGGAACGACGCUCGAGAUCAAAGAGGCAGAUGAAUGGCUCGGUCUUGCCGGUGGAUGUCAUCGAGACUGUGAUGGUAUCCUCCCAUGCGGCCAUAAUUGUUCUCUCAAGUGUCAUCCCUUUGACCAUUCGAUGGCCUUUUGCCGUGUCGCUUGCCCUCGAAAAUUAGAAUGUGGCCAUGGCUGUAGCCACUUAUGUGGCGAGACUUGUGGAUGCUCCCUGUGUGAAGAGGGCAGUAAGAUUAUUGAUGAAAGUCAUGACCACCGACAGCCCAUGUCUGACAGUGGAAAGCAAGCGCCACACAUGCUCGCUUCCCAAUGCAAAUCCGAGCCAGGUGGAUUCUAUAACCCAAUGCCUAGGCAAUCAAGCCUGGGCGCUCUCGAAAAAUGGAGAAAUUGGGAUGCGAAGAAGGGCGAUUCCGAGAUGGCAGAGAUCCGUUUAAUCGAAGCUUCCAAGAAGAUGACGGCCCUCUCGGAGCUUGUCUAUGAGGAUACUUGGCGUCCCGUCUCCAUUGAAAAUGGAGUUCGUUCCCUUUCUGGGCCGGAACGAAAGAUUAUUCGACGAUUUGACAAUGAUAAUACGUCUCGGUCUCAAGUACCAAAGACUUCCACCAUGCACAAUGCCAGUGUGGGCAUUACCAAGCCUCCGGAGAAGAGGAAAGUCAGCAAUAUUGUCUCCCGAAUGACAGGUUUCGGCGUUUCAAAUGUAGAUCCCUUCAGCAAGCUCUCGACCCCCGGUCGGACUUCUACUCAGACGGGACAUCUAAUAGAUCUUGAACUCGCCGACCCUUCAGAGUAUGCCGCCACUCCAACCCAUCUUGGUCAUGAACAGACUAGGUAUGGUCUUACGGUUAACCUGAUGGACAAGCUCACGGCCAUUCAUAGCAAGUUUGGCAGCUCUCGACGAGUCACCCCUGCAGUCAUCCCUCCAAUCAAGGCAUCUUACCUCGAGGCAGCCCAAGAGGAAGAAGAUUUGAUUGAUCUCAGUGACUCUGGUCCUCCUAUCCUUGGUUCAAGCGCACCAGAUUUUGAUCCUAGUGCUGUUAUCGACGGCAUGCUCUGGACUGAUGAUGACUACGACUGA